GAUUCUGCUCUUCUUCUCCUUUCUUCCCACUGCAGCCACUCGAAAGAAAAAGAAAGAGAACCCAGCCAUGCCUUUGAGAAACCAGUGAGAUAAGCUUGGUUUUCUCCUUCCUUUCUUGCUCUAGAACACACCUAGAACCCAGAAAUCUUCCCCCCUGCUGGAAAAGCCGGAUCUGCCCUGCUCUGCUUUGUCCUUCCGCCGGCUGCUCUUGAUUGUGGGUGAUUUCUGGGCAUAUUUUUCGGUUCCCGAUCGUUCUGUCAGUUAGCACUGAGAUUGAGUGCUCGGUUUUAUGCGAGUGAUGUAAGUAAAUUUAUGGUAAUGCUCGUACUGUUUUAAAAGCAUGUUUUGAUUUGUUUUUGAAGUGGUGGCGGGACUAAACCCGUUUUACACGAGCAUGACUGAUUUGAAGUGAAAUGUUUUAUGCUUUUCAUUAAAUUGAGCAUGCCUACUUGAAAUUUAAUUGAUUGUCCCGAUGAUCUGAAAAUUUUGAUGGUAUCAGAGUGUGAAUUGGAUAAGUUCCGAGCCUUGUGCAUUUGUGGGACCCGUCUCACUAGUGCACGGCGUCUGCCGCGCCUCGAAUUUGGGUUUUGGGGCGUGACAGAUUUAGUGGUAUCAGAGCUUAGUGGAGGAUGGGUAAAUCCUCUACUUUGCAAGAGAUUCAAGGCUAUUUUAGCCAAUGUUGUGUGGUUUCUAGAUGCGUUUUAGGAGCUGGAUUACUUGGUAAUUCCGUUGCUCCUUAUUUUCUGAAAGUGUUAUAGUGAAAGUUUCACUUUUUCCAUUUGGAGCUUCAUAGUCUUUUCAUGUGGCUCAUUUUUCUAUAUUUGUUAAUCAAGAGCAGUGAUCAUUCCAUUGAAAUUGCCAUGUUUUUGUGAAGAUUAGCAAGCUGUCAUAAAGUUAAACUCUCUAUUGUUGCUAAUCUCUACAUUCUUGAUGUCUGUUGAAAUUGCUUGAAACUCUUGAAAUCCGUCUUGAAUCUUUCUUGAUAUUGCUUUGUACUUGUUCUUGAAACUGAAAUCUAUAAAUGGAUAAUGAUUAUUGGAAUCCUCAUUAUCUGGAUACUUGUUUGAAAUUAAUUCUUGCAUUGUUCUUGGAAUCUAGUUUGAGUUGUCCUUGGAAACGUUCUUGUUCUGACUCUGCUCUUGCUUGAAUCUUGAAUAUUCUGCUAGUUCUUGUUUCAGUAUACCUAUUGAUCUUCUUGAUUCUUGGUUUUUGUUCAUAUGGACACCUCUUUAGGAGGGGUGACGAUUAUCAGAAGAUACCUAUAUGAGGUAUUCUAAAUUCUUGUCUCUUGCAAGUGUUAAAUUCUGUAUUCUUGAUGCCUUAGUUUUGACUUGACUCUAGGAUGACCUAAUUGAAAAUCUGCUUAGCCUCGCCUCCAUGAGCUACGAGGUGAAGGGGUAGUCUUUGAUGUGCUUGAUGCCCUAGAGUUUUGUUCCAAGAGAAAUUGUUCUUGAUCCCAGCCAUUGCUUUGUUCUGUUAAUUAAUUCUAGUACUUGGG